AUGCGCAUAGAAAUACUUGACAUAAUUAGGAAUGAAGUGCCUGUUAUUAAUAAAGAUCUUAUCUGUAAAGAAUUCCAAGUUAUUAGGGAUAACAUUAGUGAAUUAGAAAAAGCAAUCAAAUAUGUCGGUGACAAGUACGAUGAAAUAGUGUCCUUGUCCGUAGUAACCGAGGACACUAAGUGUUUAAAAACAGAAAACUCCUCGCUCAGCAGCAAUCUUAAGGAUAUGCAGAAAAAGAUCUCGAUAACCGAGCAUGAUUUUGCUAAGCAUGAUCAGUGGGCCCGUCCGCAAAACGUGGAAAUUGUAGGAGUACCAGACAAAAGCAACUGA